AUGGAUUUACUCAAAAGAAAUAAUGUGCUCCACAUCAACCCUGUAACGGAGGGCAUUGGAAUUCACAUUACUGAACAGGGAUCAGACUGGUUAUGGGCAGCAUUUGCUAUUUUCACCGUGUUCUUCUUGACUCAUGGUUUCCUUUAUGCAUCGCCCACUUUCAAACAUGAUGUUGUGAAGAAGAACUUAUUACUUGUUCCUUUCUUCACCAAUCUUGUUCUUGCUAUUGCUUACUACACUUAUGCCGCUAACUUGGGUUAUGCCAGCCAGGAGGCUGAGUUCAAGCAUGUUACUACCGGCGAUGGCAACUUUGUCAGACAAAUCUUCUAUACCAAGUACAUUGGUUGGUUUGUAGCUUGGCCUGCUGCCAUGAUGGCCAUCUCCAUUGCUACAAGUACUUUGUCUGAGACAUUGACAAACGAAGCUCAUCAAAACUUUGCAGGUGUUGUUUCUGCAUUCUCGAGCUUCGUGGUAAAGGUUGGUGCUGCUUGGGUGUUCGUAUUGGGUCUUCUCAUUGGUUCGUUGAUUCACUCCUCUUAUAAGUGGGGUUACUUCGUAUUCUCUGCUGUGGCCCAACUCUUUGGUAUUUUCUUGGUAUUGAAGAAUCUUGCUGCAUCAGCAAGAGCUUCUCAAUACUCAAAGAUUGCUGCUGUCUUCAUUGUUUUCCAAGUUGUUGUGUGGUUGUUGUAUCCAAUUUGUUGGGCUUUAAGUGAAGGUGGUAAUGUCGUACAGCCAGAUUCUGAAGCCGUAUUCUACGGUAUCUUAGAUCUUUGUACCUUCUCAUUUGUUCCUACUGUCUUGACAUGGAUCAAUAUCUCCAUUAUGGAUGACGAGUUUUUCCAGAAACUCAUUCCAUUCUCCCAUGGUCAUUUGGCCGAGAAGUUGGCACACAGCCCAAGACACUCCGGAGACACCGCCGUUCCACUUCUGGAACCCUUGUCAUCAGGCCAGGAGCAAGUCUAG